AAUAUAUGUUUAAAACUUUUUAACAUCUGUAAUCGAUGCCUGAGUUGCAAAAUCUCACCUCAUUAGCGGUUAUCUCAAACCUUUUUUGUAUUGCUAGCCUUUUUUUUUACUUGUUUCUGGCGCUAAAAUAAUCGCAUCUUAGAUAAACCUAAUUAGGCAAUCGUUUGCGUUGAUGAAAAAUAAUUGAAUAAUUUAAAUUGAACUAUAUAAUUACAUGUAAUUCAUCACCAACAUUUUGAUCCACUUACAUUUCAAUUAAACAAAUUGAUCAACGUUAUUAGCGGUUAAAGAUUUCUCUGAUCCAUACAAAUACUAUCAAGAAGAAUGGUAGAUAAAGUAUUCAUUACUGGAGCUUCCGGGUUCAUUGCUCAACACAUUGUCAAGUUAUUCAUUUCUAAUGGUUAUUACGUUAUUGGUACCGUUAGAUCUGCUGAUAAAGGAGAGAAAUUGAAAGCAAACUUGAAAUCAAAUAACUUCAAGUAUGAAAUUGUUCCAGAUAUCACUGCCGAAGGUGCCUUCAAUGAAGCCUUAAAAUCAAAUCCAAAUAUUAAAUAUCUUUUACAUACUGCAUCACCAUUCACUUAUGAUACGACUGAUCCUGAACAUGAUUUAAUCAUUCCAGCUAUAAAAGGUACUGAAAACAUUUUGAAUUCAGUUUAUGAGUUUCAACCAAGUAUUGAAAAAGUUGUGAUUACCUCCUCUGAUGCUGCCAUUUACUCUGCUGAUGAUGAACAAAAUUCAUCACUUUCAUUCAAUGAACAAAGUUGGAAUGAUAUUAGUUACAGAGAUUCAUUGAAGAACGCAGUUUCAGCUUAUUAUGGUGCUAAAUCAUUUGCUGAAAAGUUAAGUUGGAAAUUCUUGGAAGAAAAGAAACCAAAUUUCAAAUUAAUCUCAGUUAAUCCUGUUUAUGUUUUCGGUCCACAAGCAUUUUUAAAUGAAGUUAAACCUACUUUAAAUGUUUCAAAUGAAUUAAUUCAUAACUUGAUCAAAAUAGGUCCUAAUGAUUCAUUUGAUAAUGAUAAAGGUGGAUUCAUCGAUGUUAGAGAUGUCGCAAAGGCUCAUUUAUAUGCUAUUGAAAAAGAAGAAUUGAUUGGCAAACGUGUAUUCAUGACUAAUGGCCAUUUCAGUGUUCAAAUGAUGUUAGAUAUCAUUAAUGAAAAGUUCCCUCAAUUAAAAUCAAAAAUCCCUACUGGUACUCCAGGUUCAGGUCCAACUGAUAUAAAGACCUUGGCAACAGUUGAUAAUACUCAAACUAGAAAUUUAUUAAAAUUUGAAUUUAUCUCUUUAGAUAAGAUUGUCACUGAUACAAUUCAACAAGUAUACGAUGCCAAGGCAAAACUUUAAGUUCAUUUCUUUACAUAAACUUUGAUAGAAUUAUAAUAUACU